AUCGACCACUGCUUUGUCCUGGAUAAUAAUGUCUCAAGCAUCCCUCUCGAUACACGAUCUUGUGAGCCGCGGCUGCUGGCCAGUUUCUCGCAUUCUCACACUAGAUUACACCUAGAAGUCUUCAGUACUAAGCCAACAUUCCAGUUUUACACAGGACACCAUGUAAAGGUUGCCGCCUGGGAACAUAGUUUUGAAAGAAAAGCAGGAGCAAGGUUUUGUGUCGAGCCAAGCCGGUAUGAAAACGCCAUCAAUGUGCCGGAGUGGAGGGAUAUGAUGAUUUUGAAGCAAGGUCAGCUUUGGUGA